UUGCUUUGGCAGAUUAGGCAAGCAGCAGAUGCACCAGCCAGCUUAGCCUUUGGAGGGAGAAUUCAUGUUAUUGGACCCACACAUAUCCUCUGUUCUUGCUGCCAGGAGCUCUCAGUUUAUGGGCACAUUGAGCAGACACCACAGCAGCUACAUAGAGAGGCUGGCUGACAGCCACAGAGCAUGUAAUUCUGUCCAUCUGAUUCUGAGUCUCCUCUGCAGUGGAUGCCCUUCAGUGGGCAUUCACGUGAGACGCAAGUGUCUUCAGUCCGUGCCCAUUCCGAGGGGUUCAGCCACAUAUCUCUUUCCAAGAUUUUCUUGUCACUAGUCUUCCAGUCCUGUUCUUUUUAAGCCCCUGACCAUCCAGCCUGACCAUCCAGUCAAAUCAUCAGCGACUGUCCAUGAAUCAAUGUAGGUGUGUACUGUGGCCAUCUCUCACUCCAGACAUAGACAACCUUGGAUUUCUGCCCACUGGAAGGAUUCUCCUUCACCACUGUCCUUCACAGACACCCCGAGUGAGUGUGAGUGAAUGCUGCAGCUGUUCUCUUUCAUGUGGUACCAGCACAUCAUAUAGACCCAUCUAUAAUAUAGGCUGGAGGUUUUUCUCAGUCAACUGGCCGUAAGUAGCAUCCCUGGAGGCCAUAGGCAUGACAUGAGGGAGAGGAGGCAAAGCAAUAGGAGUUGAUGUUGGAAGAGUCUGAGCUACCUGCUCAUACAAUUUACAGUUCAAUUCUGAACCUGCCGGGCUAAGCUUCUAAUACUCCACUUCCAUUUGAUGAUAGAUUGCUGCUGUGUACAUUCAACUUUAUGGCUACAUAGGUCAGAUGACAUCCAGCUCAUGAUGGGAGAUCAGACUCCAUUGUAUCUUCAGUGCUAAGAGGGAGAGGCCUAGCACCCCAAAGGCUCUUACUAAAUAUGAAUUAAUACAGCCAGUAUUGGUCCUCUAGCAGCCCCCAAGAGAAUUCGCUUUUUUCCUGCCACAUGCACCAGACCCCAAAGAAAGGACUCUCCAAUACAGACCUGGGUGCUUUCCAAUCUAGAGAUGCAGAUAAUGGCCAAGGGAGUGGUCCGUGCGGGGCCUUGUGUAGCCUUUCUCCAGCUCUCCUUAAGAGGAGACUGAAGCCCAGCCAAGCUUCCCAGACUGUCCCCUCAGGUUUUUAGUCCCCAGGCCUGGAGCUAAAUAACCCCCAAAGAGUGGCACAGUGCACCUGAUCGCUACGCGAACACGUGCGCACCGCCCGGCCUUGGGGACUGGAACAGGUGCAGUUGGGAUUCCCAUCAAAGGCUCCUCUCCCAAUCCUGAAAACAAACAUCGAGGCUUGGGGGCUGGGGCGGGGCAUGGCAGCCCCUCCCUGGGGGAGGCGCGGCCGGGCCAAGAAAGCCCGCGAAGGCCCGGAGCCCCAGCAGAGGCCGGACCAUGGCUGACCCGCUGUGGCAGCGCACCGAGCAGCUGGUGACGGACUACCUGGAGUACUGCUCCCGGGAGCCUGGCACCCCCGAGUCGCCGCCGUCCACCGCCGAGGCCGCUGUGCUGCGCGCCGUGGCCGCCAGUGUGCGGAAACUCUACCGGUCUUUCUUCUCCGCCUACCUCGGCUACCCCGGGAACCGCGUCGAGCUGGUGGCGAGGAUGGCGGAGGCCCUGCUCUCCGACAGUCCCGGCCCCACCUGGGGCAACGUGGUGAUGCUCCUGGCCUUCGCGGGGACGCUGCUAGAGAGGGGGCCGCUGGUGACCGCCCGGUGGAAGAAGUGGGGCUUCCAGUCUCGGCUGAAGGAGCCGGAAGGCGACGUCGCCCGGGACUGCCAGCGCCUGGUGGCCUUGCUGAGUUCGCGGCUCGUGGGGCAGCACCGUGCCUGGCUGGAGGCUCAGGGCGGCUGGGAUGGCUUUUGUUACUUCUUCAGGACCUCCUCCUUGCUGGCAUUAUGGAGAAAAGUGCUGGUCCAGGUUUUCCUGUCAUGGUUGUUAACAGCAGUAUUCAUCUACUUCUGGACACGAUAAUGAGGAGUUUUAAAAGUUUUAGCCCACUUCUACCUGCCCAACUGUGACCAACUAAGUGACUGAGGGGUGAGCACGAGAACUGAGAGAAGGCACCGUCCUCCCACCCCAGAUGUUUUUACCUGAAUGCAUACAAGGAGUCCUAAAGUAAUGAUUUGGCCAGUGUUUUAACUUGUGACAAGUACUCAGGUGUGAGGACAAGAAUGCAGAUGGCUCUUCCUUGAGUGGGAGAAAUGGGGAGUCUAGUACCUCAUUAUGCCAAAGAAUCGCAGAGGAAACUGCAUUCCAUUAAAUGGGAAAUAGGGUGCUAUUUGCUGAAACUUGGAUAAGAGUGAAUGUGAACCUCUCAUCUCCACAGCUUCAUGUGCUGCUGAGGCAUUUUAAUCUUGGCCACAGCUGGGGCAACACAAGCCCCAAAGCAGAAAAAGUCCCAGUUUAACAAGGAAUGUCACUUUAAAAUCACUUAUAAGGAAUUAUUUGAGACCAAAUCCUUUGAAAUCUAAUUCCUGGGACUUCUAGGUUUUUAUAGUUAACAUAUUAAUUAAUAAAUUGUUAACGUCAAAGUUUUAAUAAAUUUAUAUCUU